AUGCUGAAACGAAAUAGAGUUAUAUUCAGUUGUGAUAGGUGUCGAAGACGCAAAAUACGAUGCAACAGGGAGAGCCCAUGUGCUUCAUGCAAAAAUUUAAACCAACCAUGUGUAUACACCAUAUCCAAAGAAAGAGAAUUGCAAAUCAACAUGAAAAAGUCAGAUAAGCAAACGGCUAAUCAAAUUUUGGCCAUCAAGCAAAGAAUAUCCAAGUUGGAAGGGAAAUUGGAACUGCCAAAAGUCGAUGCCAUCAACUUCAGCAGAUCAUUUGAUACAGGAGAGCCAUUGCUGAUUGGGUACCGUGUGUUUCCGUAUAUUCUACUCAUGGCAAGAGAUCCGGGGGCGGUGUUGUUAUGGAGAGUUGCCUUCAAUGAUUUGGGUCUUAAAAAAGAGAACUUUGAAACUUCACAACUACUUCUGAGUCUUUCCUCCGAGCAGCGUCAACAAUUGACCCAGAAAGCCAAGUAUAUUCGAGGUGAAGGGUAUAUCCCCGGUUUGGAAGAGGGCUGCACAAUCGAACAGUUAAAACAAGUAGUGUGCAAAAACCCGUUGUUUGUGUUUUCAGGUGACUUUUCAGAUCCAUUGGCCUCUUUCUUUUCGUUGAUUCCUCCAGCUUGGGUAAAUGCCAAGCUAUUGGACGCAUUCUUCAAGUAUAUCUACCCAGUGAUACCUAUUGUCGACGAACAAGAGUUUCGCAGCUCACUAGACAUUAUUUUGGGUCCAGUGAUAGAAGGUCAGUACAUUAAUUCCUUCCCCAAUGUCCCGUCAGCUGAAUCUUUGCCCAUAUUGGCGUUGUUUUUAUUGAUCCUCCGACUUACUUACUUGCAAGUACCAAAUGCAACUACUUACGCCGUAUCCUUUGAUGCAUUCCGAGCAGCAGAAACAAUAAUGAAGGAGUUCAAUAUCUACAAGUCCCCAUCAUUACCAGCACUUCAAGCAGAGAUCAUGUUGCGCUUCUACAUCAUUGUGUCACCGGAAAUGCACACCCAAAGUUGGGUAACACAAAUGACCGUUGGUUCUCUCGUGCACAGCUGCUACUCGCUUGGUCUUCACCGCGACCCAAAGUAUUCCCGUGAUACCAACCCCAGGUCCCAGAAUUUGAAGCGAAGAAUCUGGCAUGUCUUGGUCAGGUUUGAUAUCAUUGAUUCAAUGACUUUCCAAACAACUUUGGCCACAAAUCCAGAAAUUUAUGAUACACAACUCCCCGAUACAAGCGUAACAUACACCUCGGAAAUGGAAAAGAAAAUUAAUCAGACAUUUUGGGAGAGCGAAGAGUUGUUGUCCACUUUGCAACAAAUAGUAUCCAUUGAGUUGCAAGUAAAACAUGAUACACCCAUUUCGUUGGUUAUUGGUCUACUAGAGAAAGCCGACAAGAUAUUGCAGAAACUUACCAUUGAAUAUAGAAACCUUGAGUAUGAAAGCGCCUUCCAAAGGGUGUUGAUUUUCCUGGUCAAACUAUUCUUGGCAUAUAUGUACUACACUAUCUACUUGUACAAACAGAACCCUCUACAGGACAAGUACCUCCUUCGAGCAUUGGAAAUUUUAUUUGUUGAAUUGGCCGAGUUUCGAAACAAUUGUCCCAUGUUGAGCCAUUUCUACACCAUCUAUGUCCAUUUUGUGCUAAUGGUAUCUCUUUGUCUAAGAACUAGAAUUGAAUGUAUUACCAGCAGUCAAAAUGGCGUUAUGGCCCAGGACUUGCACGAGUGCACAUCUUAUUUGAAAAAUAUCACCUAUGCAAAGAUCAGAGAAUUGGGCACACUUUCGCUUCUGCAAAAGUUUGCAUGGCAGGUAAGGAAUGUGUACAGCAAUGCAGAGAAGGUUAAAGAACGAGCCGGUGCAGUAUUAACAAGUGUUCCAGAUCUUGUUCAGAAAGCUUCAUACCCUCUCCCGGUGAAAGAAAUCAACGGUUUUCUCAAAAAAUACAUUAAAACAAGAGAAAUACAGGCCGCCAAGUCGUUAGGGGAGACUGAAAUGGAUCUUUUAGAUGAGCUUCAAUGUCAGAAUUUCUGGAAUGCUAUGGAUGCUAUACAACUGGAAGAAAUGGUAUCCAACACCUGGAUAGAUCGAAUCAAGGUUGUAAACUUUGGGUUAGACUUGGAUUUUUGGGACUUUUUUAAAACUUCUUGA